AUGCCUAACUUGAUGCUCAAGGCCAGGACUUCUGAAGGAUAUGAGAGCUGUACAAAUUGUGAUCUCGCAGAGAAGGACUGCCAUCUACGUCCAUCAAAGCGUACCAAGCGUCGACGUUUUGCAAUACCCGAGCAUGAACGACGAGUUCCAACCCCUCCAGCCACAUCAGUAUCUGGUGACGAGGCAUCAAAUCCACAGACAGAGACAGUCAUAGACAGCAUUCAAGUUCUGCCAACAGAUUUUGAAGAGUUUGUUCCGCCACUGCCGCCACCACUCCCUCCUCAAACCAGUGUUCAGAACCCAGACAAUCACCGCGCAGUGGCAUCUCCACAAGGUCCCAUACCAACCCUUAGGUCCCACAACGGCCGCCCUGCACCGUCACCAUCACAGAGAUCUCAGAGCAGCGAUGCCCGAACAGAAGGAGUCGCAGAGAGUCAUACUGGCGAUAUCGACACCGGGUUUCUUCAAGUCUAUGCGCCGGAGAACCAGUCUAACGCCGAACAACAGGCACUCGAAGCCUGUCUGGAGCACAAGUACAACUUUUCUGACCCCCACGAGCAGGACCUUCAAGAAACCUUUGCUGAGACGUAUUGGGAGUACUGUUAUUCAUGGUGUCCUGUCCUUGAUCCCGAUACCCUUGCCGGUGACAUCGCCCGCUCUCCUCUCCUCGCGAAUGCCCUGGCAACUGCUGCAAGCCACAUUCAGCCCCCAUUAGUUCCUCAUGAGGGACCUGCCGAGUAUUACAAAAAGGCACGAACCAUCUUUUAUGAAGAUGAAGAAUCAGAUGGUUUGACGACGCUGAUGGCUAUCUCACUCUUUUACUGGUGGGCGCCAAGGCCACCAAGUACCGUUCAUCGACAUUCUUCGUGGUGGUGGACGUCGGUUCUCAUUCGUCAUGCGCAGCAAAUGAAUCUUCAUCGGGAACCAACAUCUAGCAAUCACAUGCCGAGCAACCUCAAUAUGAGCCUCCGGCGAAGGAUAUGGUGGACAGCAUUCGCUCGCGGACGCGGAAGACGCCUUGCUACCGGCGCUAUUGUUGGUAUUGCCAUUGCAGGCUUCCUCUUUGUCGCCUUUUGGGUGCUCUGCUGCUACUGCUGCUGCUUCAGAAAGAAGCGCCAACAACGUCAACCUGUCAGUGGCGGAGGCGGUGGCAUGUUCUCUCGCUUCAUGCCCGGACGGCAACGCCACGGUGGUCCCCAGAUGAUGGAGUCCGGGUACGGCCACGGAUACGGACAUGGGCAUGGACAUCACGGAGUAUCACAACCUCAACCAACUUACGGAUAUCGAUAA